AUGGGUAAUGGUCCAAAGGGUGCCACUAGGUUUGGAAGGUUUAAAAGGUUCAAGGAGGGUUGUUACACCUUCAUGCAAGCUCAAGUGAACUACAAUGAGAACAACGCGCAAAUGAUGAGGGAAUUAAAUAACCAAAUGGGGAAGAUAACCACAUCCAUCGGGCUUCUCCAGCAAGAAAGGGGCAAGUUUCCUACUCAACCACAAGCUAAUCCACAAGGUCAACUUCUCAUUGCGCCAUCUCCGACUGCAACAAGUUCUACCACACUUGGGGAAUCUCCCAAGCCAACACCAGAGGAAAACGGGGAAUCUCCCGUGCAAGUUUCAAAGGAAGCCGAGACUACUCCAAACCCACAAGUCUCACCUAUUCCGGCACCCUACCCUUCACGCCUAAGAAUGUCGGCUCAUCCAUCCAAGAAUGCUGACAUACUUGACGUGUUCAAACAAGUCAAUGUUAACAUCCCUUUGAUAGAUGCCAUUAAGCAAAUUCCUUCAUAUGCAAAGUUCUUGAAGGACUUAUGCACCCAAAAGUGCAAGCUUAAUGUGCAUAAGAAAGUGCUCCUUACCAAGCAAGUGAGCCAAAUUAUCCAAACAAACCUUGCACCUAAAUUCAAAGACCCCAGAUGUCCUACAAUUGCGAUUACUGUUAGGGGUAAAAGAGUGGAGCAAGCUCCUUUGGAUUUGGGGGCGAUGGAAGAUGUAUUAGUCCAAGUUGAUCAAUUUGUAUAUCCGGUGGACUUUGUGGUAUUGGAUACUUGUCUGUCAUCUUCAUCGCCAUUAUCUACUCCCGUUAUCCUUGGUCGGCCAUUUUUGGCAACCUCGGAUGCGAUUAUCAAUUGCCGGAAUGGACUCUUAAACAUGUCCUAUGGUAACAUGAAGAUGGAGGUCAAUAUGUUCAAUGUUGGGGUUCAAAUGGGGGACGACGAUGAUUGUCAAAACGUUAGUUUAUGGACACACUAG